UGUGAAUAUGCAUGCAGAUUAUCUUGUUGCUUUUACAUCUUGGGGCCAACAGAACAAGGCUCUGCAAUAAUCUUUGUGACCCCCUAGAGCUGAUUGGGCACAGCUAAACAAAUAAUCAGACAGUGGCUCCUGAAUGGAACCCAGAGUGUUGAAGUAGAAGGAAGAGGCCAGGCAGAAGAAGGAACUCACUGAGCCACUUCCCACUCCACUCCAUGUUGGCUGUGCUCUCAGGCUGGCGCCAUGCCCCCCCCUGCAGAGGUGACGGACCCAUCCCAUGCCCCCGCCGUCCUGCGCCAGCUCAAUGAGCAGCGGCUCCGUGGCCUCUUCUGUGACGUCACCCUCAUAGCCGGAGAUACCAAGUUCCCUGCUCACCGUAGCGUCCUGGCUGCCUCUAGUCCCUUCUUCAGAGAGGCCCUGCUAGCUUCAGCCCCACUGCCUCUCCCACCAGUUACUGGGGGCUCAGCUCCCAACCCUUUGACCACCACAGCUGCCUCUUCUUCCUCUUCCUCCUCCUCUCCCUCUCCAGCCUCUCCCCCUGCUUCAAGCCCACCCCGGGUCCUGGAGCUGCCAGGAGUUCCAGCAGCUGCCUUCUCUGAUGUUCUCAACUUCAUCUAUAGUGCUCGGCUUGCCCUCCCUGGAGGUGGAGGGGACGGGGCAGCCGUGGCAGAGAUUGGAGCUCUGGGACGGCGUCUGGGCAUCUCCCGUCUACAGGGCCUGGGGGAGGGAGGUGAUGCCUGGGUGCCUCCUACCCCAGCCCCCAUGGCCUCCUCACAACCUGAAGAGAACAGCUUUGGUUCUGGGCCUAGGCAAGAUGGAGAGUGGGAGGGUGACAGGGCUGAGACCCAGGGCCCUGACUCACAGCCCUCCUUCCCCCGGCGGCCCCUUCCUUGCCCCCAGUGUGGAAAAAGCUUCAUCCAUCCCAAGCGGCUGCAGACCCAUGAGGCCCAAUGUCAACGGGGGGCCAGCACUCAGGUCUCUGCAGGGCUGGGAACUGGGGGCUCUGGUCCUGGGGGUCCUGCAGGAGUGGAUGCCUCAGCCCUGCCUCCAACAGUGGGCUUCCGAGGUGGUCCUGAACAUGUGGUGAAGGUGGUGGGCGGCCACGUGCUGUACGUGUGUGCAGCCUGCGAGCGAUCCUACGUGACCCUGUCCAGCCUGAAGCGCCACAGCAAUGUCCACUCCUGGCGGAGGAAGUACCCAUGCCGCUACUGUGAGAAGGUCUUUGCCCUGGCUGAGUACCGCACCAAGCAUGAGGUGUGGCACACCGGGGAGCGUAGGUAUCAGUGCAUCUUCUGCUGGGAGACCUUUGUCACCUAUUAUAACCUGAAGACCCACCAGCGAGCCUUCCAUGGCAUUAGCCCCGGCCUCCUAGCCAGUGAGAAGACACCCAAUGGAGGCUACAAGCCCAAGCUCAAUACCCUCAAGCUGUACCGCCUACUGCCCAUGCGGGCAGCCAAGCGACCCUAUAAGACAUACAGCCAGGGAGCCCCUGAUGCUGCCCUUUCUCCAAGCCUCCACACCCCAGCCCCUGCAGCAAUGCCAGCCAGCUCACCACCUGUACCCCCACCUGUGCUGGAACCUGGCCCACCACCUUCUGUCAUCACCUUUGCUCACCCAGCUCCCUCUGUCAUUGUCCAUGGAGGCAGUAGCAGUGGUGGAACGGGGGUUGGGGCGACCAGCACAGGAGGGUCCCAGGCUGCCUCAGUCAUCACUUACACUGCUCCCCCAAGGCCCCCGAAGAAACGAGAGUACCCACCUCCUCCCACUGAACCUGCAGCAAUAUCCACCAGCCCAGCUACCACCAUCAGCCCAGCCACAGCCGCAGGACCAGCCACAGCCAUGGAGGAGGCCAAGGGCAGGAAUCCACGGGCUGGAAGGACUCUAACUUAUACAGCCAAGCCAGUGGGUGGGACUGGUGGAAGUGGGAUCCCCUCCACAGGGCCAGGCCGGGGUCCUUCUCAUCUGCAGGCACCACCUCCACUGUGUCAGAUCACUGUGCGAAUUGGGGAGGAGGCAAUUGUCAAGCGCCGGAUCUCAGAAACCGACCUGCGUCCUGGGGAGCUGAGUGGAGAGGAGUUGGAGGAGAGUGAAGAGGAGGAUGAAGAAGAGGAGGACGAUGAGGAGGAGGAGGAGGAGGAGGAAGAAUCAAAGGCUGGAGGUGAGGACCAGCUAUGGAGGCCCUACUACUCAUACAAGCCUAAGCGCAAGGUUGGAGCUGCUAAUGGGAGUAGCAGUGGGACUGGUGGAAUGUCUCGAGGGCGCAGGCCAACACGUUGGAGGCAAAAGCUGGAACGGAGGGGCUGGGAGGAGUCACCAGCAGUGGAGAGCCCAACAGGGCGUGCCCGGAGUGAGCGGAGGCACCGAUGUGGAGACUGUGCCCAGACCUUUGCUACCUUUAGAAAGCUUCGAAAGCACCAGGAAGCCCACAGUGGGGGCUCCCACAGCUCACGGGCUGGACGGAGGGCUUCCACCCGCUUUACCUGCCCACACUGCACCAAGGUGUGCAAGACAGCAGCUGCCCUGAGCCGCCAUGGGCAGAGGCAUGCUGCUGAGCGACCAGGGGGCACCCCCACACCUGUUAUUGCCUAUUCCAAGGGCAGCACUGGCAUCAGGCCUGGGGAUGUCAAGGAGGAGGCCCCCCAGGAGAUGCAAGUGUCCUCGUCCAGUGGGGAGGCAGGUGGUGGGAGUGCUGCUGCUGAGGAAGCUUCUGUAACCACCUCACUCCAGGACCCUGUCAUUUCUGGGGGUGAGGAGCCCCCAGUGGCAGGGGUGGGUAGCUAUGUGUACCCACCUGUGCAAGAAUUUCCACUGGCCCUUAUAGGGGGCAGCCGGGAGCCUGGUGGAGGUAGAGGGAAAUCUGGGAGUGAGGGGCUGGUGGGGGGAUCAGAGGGGGACCGGAUGGAGGGGAUGGGGGCCGCCAAAGUCACCUUCUAUCCUGAGCCCUACCCACUUGUUUAUGGCCCCCAGCUCCUUGCUGCCUACCCUUACAACUUCAGCAACUUGGCUGCUCUUCCAGUUGCUCUCAACAUGGUCCUACCUGAUGAGAAGGGUGGAGGAGCCCUUCCCUUCCUACCAGGGGUCUUUGGCUACACAGUGAAUCCUCAAGCAGCACCACCUACUCUAACUCCACCUCCCCCAGCCCUGCCUCCAUCAGUUCCCCCUAAGGGAGAAGGAGAAAGGGCAGGGGUUGAGAGAACCCAGAAGGGAGAUGUAGGGUGAGGUCUAGGGUAGACCCUCCCCUUUCACCAAAUGUCACCCUCCCUGAAUCUCCCACCACUACCAGCUCCCUGGCCUCCUUGCCCUUUGGGAGCCCUGGCACACUUUUGUGCAGGGAUUUGGGGGCCCCUGGAGCUCAGGGGUCAGGCUGCUUUGCUUGAGAUUGUAGUUUUCCCAUCUCUUGGGAAGGGAUCUUUGGUGGUUCCCCUCUCAAUCUUCCUCCAGGGAAUGGCCCCUUUAAGGGGCAGGGCCAGCUCUCAUCCCUUCUCUAGCCCUUGGGGCAACUGAGCAAUAUCUUCUUAUCUGAAUCUCUCUACUCACAACCCCCACCAGCUCUGAAUGUCUAACCUACUCCCCUGAUUUGUAAAUCUAGGGAGAAACCAUCUCUCUUGCCUAAAGAUCUCCCUCAUUCUGAAGCUUUCUCUAAGCCUACCCCAGAUGCUUCCUAGUACAUUCCAUUCUUUGUGGCCCAGGGCCUGGACCAGACCAUUGUGAUACUCAGCCUACCCACAUGGGAGCAUGGCUUUAGAUUCCGUUCUUCCCAGGGGUGGAUUUCUUUCUCCCCACUUCCUCCACAUCAAGAUGCAAUGCCUUCCUUGGCUUCCAUGCCUUUGGAUCUUCCAUGUUCUUUCCUGCACUCCUAGGCUUUGGAGGUGGCCUCACCCAGCCCAGGUCAAGGAGGUGUUGAGGGGCGAGCUACCCCUCUGUUCCAUGGCUGAACAUUUUUCCAGCCAAGGCAGGGAAAUCAAAUCCAGUGAUCCCCAGGUUCUUCCAAAGCAAAGAGGUGAACAGAUCACACCUCUUCCUGCCUUUAAAUAUGGCCUCUUUUGGGCUAAGUCAGAUUCAUGAGCCAGGAGGGAAGAGCUCCAUAUGGUAUGGAGAAAAUAAUCUACUUUUCCUCUUCCCCCACCUUUUUUUCUUUCUUCCUUCUUUUGUUUUUCUUUUUUUAUUUAUUUUCUGAUGGUUUCUCCCAUACUAGACCAAAUAGCCAGAAAAAUGAUGGGGGUUGAAUGGGUGGGAGGUAAGCCCGAGAUUUGCACAUGACCUUCCAUCCUUACCUUUACCCCCAUCUUUCCAAAUGUGGCUCUCCUCAUCACUCCAGAUGGUUUUGGGGGAACCAUCCUAUUCUGGUGGGCUUUGGGGUAUUCCCACCAACUUUCCCUCCAAAAUAGCACCUUACACCCCAGCUUUGACUCAGUUCCCCACACCCAAAGAUCCCAAGCUAGGGAUGGGGUGCAGGGACCUUAAAUAGUCCCUAACCCCUAAUUUGCACUAGUUAACCAGGUCAGGGGUCCCUACCUUUCCUUCCAGUGAGGGUGAUGAAGAAAUGUUUGCUCCUAAUUCUCUUUUGAAAACAGGGCCUCCCUGCUCUAUGAUUGGCUGAACAUUUCCCAUCCCACUCACCUCUCCAACAAAACAAAACAAAAGAGCUCAUCAGCGGAGAGCCAGUUGGGGGAGCAAAUUUGACAAAUGGGUAUUAGAGGAGUGCAGUUUUAAAAGGGGGAAAGUUUAUUGUCAUCCAAAUGGCAGGCUUUCUCCCAACUACUGUUUUUAGGAGCCAAGAUGGCUGCCUUCUCAGGAACUGCUGAGAGGGCAAGAUCAUGGCUUUUGGAGGGAGGUGAAUUUGGGGAGGACUAGGAGCAUCCUCUUGCCACCUCCUGCCCUCCCAGCCCCUAGGAAGCCGUUUCCACAGGCUCCCUGAAUGUUAAUCACGGAGGAAUCACUCCUCAUUCCUCCUCUGUCUCUUUGCACUUUUCUUGGUCUUGGCCACAGCCUGAGUGAAGAAUUUCCUACUGAAUGUACCAACUUCCAAUUUUUAAGGAUGAAAAAUUUCAAACAGGAAAAAAUGCAAAAAAUCACAAAAAUUCCCACAAAUCUUGUUUCUGGCACUUUAGAAAAACUGCAAAAAAUACAUAAUAAAGACAUAUAUCUACACACAAAUUACAUAUAUAUAUCUAUAUCUAUAUCUAUACAGCGGAACCACAAGAGACUAAGGAAAGCCUAGAGGCAAGGGAUAUAAUGACAGUCCCCAUAUAUCCUUCACCUGCACUCCUCUGAGGGAAACAAGCACAGGAGAAUGGAAAAGGUUAAGAAUGGACUGGGAAAUUUGAAUUUCAGAAUAGGUCAAAAUUCCAAAACCAUGGAUAUUUUCAAAAAACUGAGAUUGUAUACAUUUAUUUUUUUUUGAAAAUAAGAUUAAGGAAAAUAACAUUCAGAAUUUGGUGGUUCUGGACAACAAAUGAGGUUGUGGCAGAGUAGAGGUUAAAAUAUGUAUUUGAGCUGGGGGAUUUGAAUAUCGUUGAGUUUUCAGAUGUUGGAAAUUUGGGCUUUGCAAUCUUGUUAUUUAAAAAUGAUCUAGUUUUGUCAGUUCAUGCCCUUUCCCCCAUGUUCCCUGGGAAGAAGGGUGAUAGCAGUCCGGGAAUGCCACUGGUUCUGUGCCACAGCACGCACGAAUUAGAAUUCUACAGAUUCUAGCUCUAUACGUAGUGAGGACCCAGAUUUAGAGAAACUGACCAAUAUUUAUCUUCGCAUUUGUGUGUGUGUCCAACUCUAGGCCAAUAAACCAACAAGACAAAUGAA